AUGACCGAAUCGAACGGAUCAGGGCAUUCAUCAGCACCACAAGAAAUCCCAAAUUGCGACCCUGCCUUCGGCCUCUGCAUGGCGACUCACCUUUCCGAUGAAUGCCGAGCCAGCGGACUGACUGACUUCACCGAGCUCUUUCGAUGCCCUGAGAAUCUCCUUUGCUGUGCAUCGAAGACAGCCAUCGAGAAGAGGGACAUUGAAGUGUUCUCCAGUGGUGAUGUGGCCUCUAUGACGUCGGAACCAGUGACAUAUUCCGCCUCGAUCGUCGAACAUCGCACAUGCCAUGAGAGAAUCACCCAGGGCGGUCUCCUUCCAGUGAACUCCAUAUGCGUGACCUUCUCCUCGACGUGGUGUGGGGAAUCCGGUGCACCUCUCAUCUGCAAGGACUCCUUCUCCGGCUUCUACCGCUUGGCAGGUCACUUGUCCACUCCCGUCUGGGGGUGUCAAGAAGAGCAAGCCCCCGGCAUUUUCGUCAGUGCCACGUCGCCUUCGUCAGUUGACUUUUACGAGAUUACCUUCGAAAUCGGUAUCAUUCACCCCGGGAAUGGCACUGCUUCAAAUGGAAUCCCUGAUGAAGAAAUUGACGAAAGGCAUGGAUAUUCUAUGACAGUACCAUUGGAGUAUCGCAAGAAAAUUACUCAAUUUCAUUUUGAGUUCUGA